AUGGAUCCAGAUUAUUCCGAGGUAACUUUUAGAGUUAGGACACAAAAUAUUAUUCUUAAAUCAUAUGACGAUGGUUACAAUUUACCACUUCGUCGAUGGCAAGUAGAACUUUUCUUACUCGAUAAAGAUAAUAAUGAAAUCCCAACAAAUAUUUUAUCAUCUUGUACAUUUAUUAUUCAUGAUUCAUUUAAGAAUAAUGUCCAUUCAAUACGAAAACCUCCAUUUAAGUUACAAGAAACUGGAUGGGGUGAAUUUGAUAUUAAAAUCAAUUGCACUUUAGCCUACAAUGCAGGCCGCUUUAAAAUAAUACAUGAUUUAUCAUUUGAAGAAGAUGCGUAUAUUGAAGAUUACUCAGUUCAAAUACCAAAUUAUAUCGUUGGUUUAAGGAAUGAUUUAAUUCCAUUUUAUGAUAUGCCCGAAAUAAUCGAUAGUUAUCCAGAUUAUAAACCAAGCUCUGAAAUUACAAAAAAAAUAUUAAAUCUGGAUGAAGAAGAAAUUACAAAAUUUGUUCAAAUUAUUCUUGAUGAUAAAGCUGUUCAAAAUGAAAUUGAAAAAUUUGAUAGAACAAAACCUUUUUAUACAUAUUUAGGUCAAUUUCCAAAAGAAUUAUUAACUGAAUUAGAAUCUUAUUUAGAUGAUAAAGCUAAUUCAAAAAAAAAAAGUCAUCUUACUUUGUAA